UCUAAAAAGAAGGGAGUAUUAAAGAACGCGCCGCAUUGCGUCGCCAUUUUAUAAUUUACUAGUGUACAGUGCUGCGGUAACUCUCAUUUGUUGACGAUUUUUUUAAAGGAAAAUACUCGUGACCAUUGUUGAAAAACUCCAAACAAACAAAACUGCAAAAUGUCUAGAUACCGCGAGUGGGAUUUGUCAUGCAAAGUUUACGUCGGAAAUUUGGGAAGUAGUGCCAGCAAACACGAGAUUGAAAACGCCUUCAGUCAGUACGGUCCUCUGAGGAAUGUCUGGGUCGCCAGGAACCCUCCAGGGUUCGCGUUUGUCGAGUUUGAGGAUCCGAGAGAUGCCGAAGACGCCGUGCGCGGGCUGCAUGGAAAACGUUGCUGCGGUACCAGAGUAAGGGUUGAAAUGUCCUCAGGAAGGAGCCGUCGUGCAGGAGGUGGCCGUAGAGCUGGACCCAAAUACUCUAGGUCGAGAUCGCGCAGUCCUCGUAGAAGAUCCGAGUCUCGCUACUCCAGGUCACGCUCGCGAAGUCCGAGGUACUCGCCCUACGGGGAAUAUCGCAGAUCCAGGUCGCGCAGUCCACGCAGGAGAUCGCUCACUCGCAGUCGCAGCCGAGAUCGUCGUUCCAGAUCUGAUUCCCGGCGCUAAAGUCAAGAAGAAGCGAACAAAAUACAAAAAUCCUCACAAAUUAACUAAGAAUAAUAAUAUUAAUUAUUAUUAUUAUUAUAAAACUACCUUUAUUUGUAUAUAAACUUUCACAUUUAAAAUAAAUAAGAAUUUCAAUAACUAGAUCAGCUUUACGACGUAAAAACUGACGAAAUUUAUCGUGAACAAUUUUGCAUAAUUAUGACAAUUUUACUAUUUAUAAAAUUGUCUAUUGUCAUCAAUCAACGACGCAGUUAAUAAUAAAAAAUAAUAAUUUUAUUUUAUUUGUGAAGAAAUAAUUUUUUUAGUUAUUUAAAAGUGUAUUUGUGUGAAAAAACAAUUUAAAAACUCACCCAACAGUUGAUAAUAUCAAUAAUGACAAUUGUUUAAUUAAAAAAGCUACUUUGCGAAGUUAUGUAAAGAUUAUCAAUCAUGACUGCUUAAUUGAUUAUUUUAUACGUUUACGAAUCUACAGUUAAAUAAAAAUAAUAAAUGUAGAAUUAAU